AGUCCACAGUAUGUUGACUUUGACUAUUAAGUAGAGAUAGAGAAUGUAGUUGACCAAACAGUACAAACACCAAUAAAUUUUAUUUAAUUUUUUGCAUGCAUUACUCUGUUUCUAUAUAUAUAUAUCAUCUUCUUCUCUUCUUCACUCACUCCUGCAUGCAGUGAUUCAAGAAGAGCUAUAAUGUCUUUCUUCUCCUUUUCUCUUGGUUUGACAUUACUUGCUAUUAUCAUCUCCGGUUUAGUUUUCACACUCGCUCGAUGGAACUCAAAGACAAAGAAACGGUUAAACCUCCCUCCAGGUCCACCGGGUUGGCCGGUAGUCGGUAACCUAUUCCAGUUCGCGCGCUCAGGGAAACAGUUUUUCGAAUACGCAGAGGAGCUCAAGAAAACAUACGGCCCGAUCUUCACAGUCAGGAUGGGUACACGGACGAUGAUCAUCCUCUCCGACGCCUCACUAGUCCACGAAGCUCUGAUCCAGCGCGGAUCCCUCUUCGCCACCCGACCCGCCGAGAACCCGACCCGAACGAUCUUCAGCUGCGAUAAAUUCACCGUCAACGCCGCGAAGUACGGCCCCGUGUGGAGGUCUCUGAGGAGGAACAUGGUCCAGAACAUGCUCUCCUCGACCCGGCUCAAGGAGUUCGGAUCCGUUAGACGAUCCGCCAUGGAUAAACUCAUCGAACGGAUCAAAUCGGAAGGUAGAGAGCACGACGGUUUAAUCUGGGUGCUUCGAAACGCGAGAUUCGCCGCGUUUUGCAUUCUGUUAGAGAUGUGUUUCGGAAUCGCGAUGGAUGAGGAGUCGAUCGAGAAGAUGGACGAGAUGAUGAAGACGGUGCUAAUGACGGUGGAUCCGCGGAUCGACGAUUACCUCCCGAUCCUCGCUCCGUUCUUCUCCAAAGAGAGGAGGCGAGCUCUCGAGGUCCGCCGCGAACAGGUCGAUCUCGUCGUGAGCCUCAUCGAGAAGCGACGGAGAGCGAUUCGGAAUAAAACGGCGCCGUCUUUCUCCUACCUCGACACGCUCUUCGAUCUAAAAGUAGAAGGACGCGAAACGGCGCCGUCUAACGAAGAGAUCGUGACUCUCUGCUCGGAGUUUCUCAACGGGGGCACGGACACGACGGGGACGGCGAUCGAGUGGGGGAUCGCGCAGCUGAUCGCGAAUCCCGAGAUUCAAUCUCGGCUCUACGAUGAGAUUAGAUCGACGGCUGGAGAUCGUUCGAUCGAGGAGGGUGACGUGGAUAAAAUGGUCUUUUUGCAAGCGUUCGUUAAAGAGCUUCUCCGGAAACAUCCUCCGACUUAUUUCUCGCUGACGCACGCGGUCAUGGAAACGACGUCGCUUGGCGGUUACGACGUUCCCGCGGGCGUUAACGUCGAGGUUUAUAUUCCCGGUAUAAGCGAGGACCCGAGGAUCUGGUCUAAUCCGAAACAGUUUGAUCCGGACCGGUUUAUAUCGGGUAAGGAGGAUGCUGACAUAACCGGGAUUAGUGGAGUGAAGAUGAUUCCGUUUGGUGUUGGCCGUCGGAUCUGUCCUGGGCUUGGAAUGGCGACCGUACACGUGCACCUUAUGCUUGCGAGGAUGGUUCAAGAGUUUGAGUGGACCGCUUAUCCUACCGGAAGCGAGAUUGAUUUCGCCGGUAAAACAGAGUUCACGGUGGUGAUGAAGAAUCCAUUGAGAGCCAAGGUUAAACCAAGGGUUUAAUUUUUUAAAAUAUCUAUUUUCGCGUAUUUUAAUUUUAUCUUUAUAUUAUAAAUUUUCUAAUUAUCCAAUAAUCAUUUUGGUU